AUGUAUAAUUUCGAUGCGUUCAUGGCAGAUUUGCACCUCAAGGCACUCACAGGCAACGUCAUGCGUCCAUUGCACGCGAGCAAGCGCGAAUCAAGUAUAGAUAACGCUGACACGUACUUCUCGAUAGAGGAAUGUAUUGACGAUAUUUUAGAAGGCUACAGAGUGUUGGUCAUAAUGAGAGGUUUGCCGGGCAGCGGUAAAUCGCACUUAGCGAAAUCCAUACUCAAGGCUUGUUAUACCAAUCCGAACUACGAGCAUCAUAUACACAGCGCCGACAACUUUUUCAUGAACAGAGGGAAGUACAAGUACGACGCAAGGCAGAUCAGCCAGGCGCACCAGUGGAACCAGAGGAACGUGGACCACAGGAUGCAGGAAGGUUAUAGUCCCUUGAUCGUGGACAACACCAACACCGAAAUGUGGGAUAUGGUGAAUUACGUAGGGAUGGCCGUGCGGAACGGCUACAAGAUCCGCGUUCUGGAGAUGAACACCAGAUGGUGCUUCAGUUGCAGAGAUCUUACCAGCAGGAACCAGCACAAUGUUCCCAAACGUACCAUCGAGAACAUGUUGGCGAGGUACGAGAUGGGCAUUACGGCUAAGAAACUCUUGGUGAAUUACCAGUGUCCCCUCACUCACCAGGAACAACCGUUGCUCAGAAGAGUUCCCGCCCUCUUUACCCUUACUGUCGGAAACGACGCUGGUUCCGCCCACGACGCCAUCAACCCCGAUCUAUCCUUACCGAGAAGCAAGAAAAAAAGCAAAUACGAAAUUUGGAGUUUAAACGACAAUUGCGGCACGCAAGAGAACGGAAUGAACGGUCUUAUGAACGGGGUAUCUAACCUUAAUUUGUCGGAGUCGCCAAACACGUACAACUAUUUCGGCUGGGACACGAGCUUAGAUAACCACGUCGUUGAAGAUUGGAGGAUCGUGGAGACUCCCACGAACGUACCGGCCGAGUACAUCAGGGAGAUGUACGACGAUUGCAGGGGGGAUUUCGACAUGACUUUCGAGAUCUUCUUGGAGGAUAACAAGGAUUAUUCGCAUCUAACGUACGAGCGGACUAACGAUCAGCAAAUGCCGGAGGAAAAUUCGGUCGUUAUUGGUAAAAACGCGUCCGUGGAGUCGCUGAACGAGGUCGGCGAAUCCCCAACACCGGAGUCUUCGUCGGAGGACGAAUGUUGGACCCCGCCGUCAGGAUCCGUUACGGACUUAGACUCUCAGAACCCGAUGACGCCCUUCGAAAAUCACAACAUCGAGCUCAACCUCGGGGACCUGUUGGUCCAGCAGUUGGUGGGCGAGUUCGGCGAUCCCGCCCUCAAUUUCCCGAUCGGGUUUCUGCCGGUCGUCCAGCUGCCCAAAACGCUGGCCAGGCAGCUUUACGCCUUCUAUGUGGAGUCCGUCUAUCAGCAGAUGGACACCCAGAAGUGCAUCCUGGACGUGCUGGUCAAGGAGGAUGAGACGUUCGCCAGAAAAUUGCAAGAGGAAGAGAACAAUGGAUCGACGGUUAGCAAACCGCCCCCGGAAGGUCUCCAGGAGAUCAUGAACGAGCAGGCGGCGUUGCGGUUGCACAAGAGGCAGAUGCCGGCGUUGAAGACGCCCAAAGACCUGUCGACGGAGCUCACAAUUAUUGACAUCCCAGAGGAUAAGACUAAAUCGGCUACUGAGUACCGGGAAGAGGCAGAGUACCACCGCAGAAAACGAAACGAACUGAAUGAGAAAGCCCGAGAGCACCACGGCAAAGGACAAACGGAGAUAGCUCAAUUUUAUUCGGUGCUGUCGCCAGAGCAGACCAAGUACUACGACACGGCGAACAACAAGGCUGCCACGGUUUUCCUAGACGAAAACUCGAAGCAGUUGCAGAACAUGAACACAUUGGACCUCCAUUAUCUCUUCGUUAAGGAAGCCGUGUCCGCCUUGGACGUGUUCAUCGACGGUAAAAUCGAGCAUCUGAACGCAACCGCCGGGAAACAAACUCAACAUCUCCUUAUUAUAACCGGAAGAGGCAACAGGAGCGCCAACGGAGUUAGCAAAAUAAGGCCUGCUGUGAUAAAAAGACUGGAAGCCAGAAAAAUAAGAUAUUAUAAAAUGAAUCCGGGGCUGCUAAAAAUCAAGAUCAAACGCAACACGCCUGUUACCAACGAUCUCUGAUGUAGUAUAUUCCUGAUACUUGUUAAAAUUUUUCACAAAUACAUUUUAU